AUGGCGAUGUCUGCAGAGAGCACCGGUGCGCAGAGCGGCGCGUGUGAAAAGCGCCACUGCAGCGCACCGAAUCGUAACGGUUAUGUGAAAACAUGUGUCGUCCCACAGCGCCGUGACCGAGGCUAUGGAGCGUGGGUGAAGCAAAUGUUUACAAAACUCUGGAGCUCCCAGAGCGUCCGGAGCGCGCUGUGUGUGGGGUCGCUCUCUGUUGUUUCCGCCUUGCUGCUAAGAUGUGCAGAGUGGAGAGCUGAGUCCAGCAGCAGCAGCAGCAGCAGCAGCGGCAGCAGCAGCGCGCUCCCGCUCCCCUCGUUCCCCCUUCACUCAGGCUGCGCCGCCGAGCUGCUCCAAACUUGCUGGAGUGUGUUUUCUCCGCUGUUCACACUCGUUUGUGCCUUCUUUUGGCUCGGUGUAUACUUGAUCCACUGCGGGGUUCUGGUCCAGACCGCCCUCUCCCUGCUGACCUUGUGCCACCUGGGUGAAGUCGCCGCGUGCUCUCUCCUGGACGGGACGGAUGCGCAGCUGUUUUCAGUCACCACCGCGGCCGCGCUCGUGCUGAUCUGCGUGGCCGCCUGCGCACUCAUGGUAGUGCGAAUGAACCAGGGCAUCUCGGUGAUCGUUUUCAUCAACUUGAUCCGGACCUUGUCUCUCCUUUCGCUGCACAAAGUGCGGGCCUCUUGGAGACCGUACGCAGCCUACCUGGUUGGAGUGCUGGGCAUCCUGCUGGCGAGGUAUGCCGACAAGCUGCUUCCCAAACAAGGGACGCACAAGGAGGGCUGCACCCCCGUGACUGGAGCCAGGGAAGAGAUUCCUGUAUUUAAAAGGCGCAGGAGGUCCAGUUCGGUUAUAGCCUCAGACAUGGCACACAGUCACUCCAACAGUAAGCCGCACCGGCGGACCUCUCUGCCAUGCAUCCAGAGGGACCAGGCACACUCCAUGAUGUUGAGAUCAGGGCUCUUUGGCGGCCAGACCCUCACUUCCAGGAUGAAGAUGUUUCUGGAUGACUUUGGCUGGAUGCUCGGGAUGCUUUCUCGCUCAGACUGGGAACACAAGAGAGGCCCCCGAGGAUCACAGUCAUCAGGCACGACCGUCAUGGUGGACAUAGCAGUGAUGGGAGAGGCCCAUGGACUGAUCACAGACCUGCUUGCUGACCCUUCGUUACCAGCUCACACCUGCACAUCCUUGCGGGCUGUUAGCAGCCUGCUAACCACCCAGCUCACGUUCCAGCCACUGCACCGACCACGCCCUGCUCCUCUGCUCAACCCCAGCGAUGCUUACACCUGCUCUGACUCAGAGGAGGGACCUGAGAAGGGAGAGAAGACAUCCAUACACAAGCGUCUGAGGCGGAGUCUCCAUCAUCUGAGGAGGAUUUCUUCCACGUGGACAACCACCACCUCCGCCACAGGACUACCCACCAUCGAGCCUGGGCCGGUUCGGAGGGAUCGCAGCGCCAGCAUCAAACCCUACCAUGAAACACUCACCUGCAGCUGUGGGAGACCUUACAUCAGACUGAGUCACGGUGAGGGCUCUAUAGAUAAGGGAGACAGAAUACCACGAUCAGCAGAGGACCAUGUGGUUGUGUCAUCAGACUAUGACAGCACCCAUGAAGCCAACCACAGCGACAGCAGUGAUGUAGCACACACAGAGGAGGACAUAGCCAAUGGGAAGAACCCCUCCCAGAAUGUCAUCCUUCAUGCACUGAUGUCUCCUGAGGACAAACCAAUUGUGGCACCAGAACCGUUAAUAAUGGAGGACUUGGAGCCUUUGAUGUGUCAGCUAAACAAUUGGAACUUCCCGAUUUUCAACUUGAUGGAGAAAACAAGUGGGAAAUGCGGAAGGAUCCUCAGUCAGGUGUCUUACAGGCUUUUUGAAGACACUGGCUUGUUUGAGACUUUUAAGAUCCCUGUGAAAGAGUUCAUGAACUACUUCCAUGCCCUGGAGAACGGAUACAGAGACAUACCAUAUCACAACAGAAUCCAUGCCACAGAUGUUCUCCAUGCCGUCUGGUACCUCACCACGCAGCCUGUUCCUGGUUUACCUAGCCUCAUCACGGAUCACGGUUCUGCCAGUGACUCAGACUCUGACAGCGGGAUCACUCACAGUCAUAUGGGCUUCCUAGUUUCAAAGACCUACACUGUGUCAGAGGACGGGUACGGCUGCUUGUCAGGCCUCAUACCUGCUCUGGAGCUCAUGGCUCUUUACGUGGCUGCUGCCAUGCACGACUACGAUCACCCAGGGAGGACCAAUGCUUUCCUUGUGGCCACCAGUGCCCCUCAGGCGGUGCUCUACAAUGACCGCUCGGUUCUGGAAAACCACCACGCUGCCUCGGCCUGGAACCUCUUCAUGUCUCACCCAGAAUACAAUUUCCUCGUCAACUUGGAUCAUGUGGAGUUUAAACGCUUUCGUUUCCUGGUUAUUGAGGCCAUACUGGCCACUGAUCUAAAGAAGCACUUUGACUUUCUGGCUGAGUUCAAUGCUAAGGUGGGUGAUGAUCCUUCGACAGGUAUCGACUGGUCCAAUGAGAAUGACAGGUUGCUGGUGUGCCAGAUGUGUAUUAAACUGGCUGAUAUCAACGGGCCUCUAAAGUGUAAGGAUCUCCAUCUGCAGUGGACAGAGGGCAUCGUCAAUGAGUUCUAUGAACAAGGCGAUGAGGAGUCCAGCCUGGGGCUUCCUGUCAGUCCCUUCAUGGAUCGGGCAGCACCGCAGCUGGCCAAACUUCAGGAGUCGUUCAUCACACACAUCGUUGGACCGCUAUGUAACUCCUACGACUCGGCCAGCCUCGUGCCCGGACGAUGGGUGGAGCCAGACCCAGAAGAGGAGGAGCACGAGAAUGUGGAGAGUGAGGAGGGAGAGGACGAUGAAUCCACCUGUUCUGAAGCUUCACAGAAAGCAGCACCCAAAAAAAGGAGAAGAGUGUUUUGUCACAUCACUCAGCAUCUGGUGGAGAACCAUGAGAUGUGGAAGAAGGUGAUCGAAGAGGAAAACAAGAAAAACGACCAAGCAGCAGAGUCAGUCCAUUUAAACAAUGUAGCAGAGCCAAUCCUGGCUAUUGAUGAGGAAGAGGAGGAAUCAGGAAGCAGAGAGGAGCAGGUGGAAGGAGAGCAUCCUGAGGAGGAAGUGGAGGACCCAGACUGGUGUCAGAGAGAAGACUGCAAACCUGCAGGAGAGCUAGAGGACAGGGACCCACAAUAAAACUCCUCUCUUCCUCCUUCACCACCCCGUCCCUCCUUUAAUGAAAGAUAUGGAACCAAUCAGGACUAGGAUGUAAACAAUUACUCCUGUUUCCUUUCUUUUCCAAUUAACAGACACCUUUCUCUGCCAGCACAUUAUUUAGACACAACACUGUAGAUGUUUGGGGAAUGUGUGCCUACACAGAGAAAAACAAACAGGGUGGGACAUUUUGUGCUUUAAAUAUUUAAUCUAAGCGCGGUUUCACCAAACACUUUAAAUGGGCCUUUUCACAUUGCAAUAAAGGAUUAUUCAAGGACUUUGAGAUUCAGACAGUUUUGCUUCUGUCAGACAUCGAAGACAAGCAGUUGCACAGGUCUCAUCCCAGCAUGUUAACACAGGACUGCAGAAAUCUGCAGCCAGUUUAAACAUUAUGGUUUCCUGAAUGCGAUCAUUUAUAUAAACCUCACCAUUUCUGGUGUUUGUGUUGCAACGUUGACCUCUUUUUCCAGGUCUAAACUGUGCUACACUGUUUUGUUUUUCUACACAUAAACUCUAAAGGGAGUAAAUCAAACAAGGAACAUCUUCUGACAAAAUUGUGUCCUAACAUUUGGGUCUUUAGCAUGCAAAAUCUCAUUUUAAUGCAUAAUGUAUCUUGUGUUUGUUGCCAAAAGACAUGCUUAAAGCUUAUUCACAUGGAGAUGUCGUGCAGAGACCGCAGGCUCAGUUUGUGUUUCUGCACGUUUUAUUAUGUGUGAUCAAAGACACAAUUCUCUUCCAGGAGCCAUACAUUAAUUUUUACAUAUUAUUUGCUUUUGCGAUAACAGUAAACCCAAGUUAAACAGCUCAUACGUGAGAUGAACACUUGCAGGCUAAUAAUUGAAAAUAAUGAUAAUAAAAUAAAGAACCAAAAGUUAUAGUCCACUCAAGAAAAUUUGAUUUUCAACCAUAAAAGACAAACUGAACAUUUUUAAAUAAAGGAUAUGUGAUGUUUUACACUUUGAACUAGUUGAUCACGUUCUAAAAGUGUAUGGAGACGUGUCAUUGACCUAAUUCAAUAAAAGUUUAUAUUUUUUGCGUAGGAAAUGAGAGCUUCAGAAUCGUUUCUUAUUUGUUUUUGCCAGUGAUGAUAUCUGUCUGUUACCUAGCCUGUGAAGUUGGACUCAGACUUCUGUGUUUGGAACUAAUUUUGCUUUUUGUCAUCCAAUAACAGCAAACAAAUAUCGACCUUUACCCUCAGGAAAACCAGAGGUUUGUGAGAGCAAUUGGGGAACCUUUUGAUGAUGUGGAUGAAACACACAAAUCAACACUUUUCUGAGAUCUUUGCAGGGAGUCUUAACGAUUCUUCAAACACCUCAGGGACACAUUCAUUCCCUUGCAGCUGACAUAAUGGUCAAAACUCACAGGCAACAUUUAAUAGAAAAGGAAAAACGGAAUAGAGGAUUUUGUGUUAAAUUGGCAAAAUUGACCAAGGAAUAUAACACAUGCAUGUUUUUAAUUGGAAUAGUUUGAAGCCACUUUAUGACUAACCUUUCAGAGACUAGCUGUUUGCUCAUCUAUCUGAUCAGAUCCAAAUGUGUAACCGUCCUUAAUCUUCCCACAAAUCCAUUUGCAAAGAUGUGAAUCACCUCUUUUUAUGGAUUGUUUUCUGCUGUGUUAUUUUAAAAGUAUCUUCAGCAAUAUUAUUUUCAGAAAUUCUUUCUUCAAAAGCCACAACUGCUAUGAAUGGGUGUGUGAGGAUGGGCAUGGAAAGUAAGCCAUUGUGAAGAGAUGCAGGACUCAAAACAUUUUAAAUUUUCUUCUCCAUGCAGAUCAAAAUGUAACAUAACUGUGUUGAGGGGAAGAACAGCAGACAGAAAUCAUGUCCUACGUAAAAAACUAUCAAAAUUUUCUCCUGUAAGUUGACUUUAUAAAAAAAAACCUCAGAAAUAGUAAUACCAUGCCAUAGGUCAGCAUGUGUGUAUGAUCCAGAGCUAGAGGAGUGGUGUGUGUGUGUGUGUGUGUGUGUGUGUGUGUGUGUGUGUGUUCAAACAUACUUCCUCCUCACACAAUGGUCCCAUAGUUGCACUGAAUAAAGCGAUAUGUCCACAAUAGCUUAUUUGCUGCUGCCCUGGCUCUGCUACUGUGUGUGUGUGUGUGUUAGAUGGGAAGGAGGCCACACACAAGCUCAGUAAAUGUCUGAUCUACUGACUCUGAAUCACACACACACACACACACACACACACACACACACACACACACACACACACACAAACCUUCUGUUGGAAUCUAUUAAAUCACUCAGUAUUUGCCUCAUGCUUUGCAUCUAAUUAUCAGCAAGCAUUUUUGUGUCUCUUUCAUCUGUUUAACUCAAUGAUUUUUAAACGUCAAUGCAGUCACGCCUUUCAUUUAACUUUCAUAAAAAUCUGAUUUUGUUACAAGACUAUUCAGGAUAACACACUGGCAUGAGGGAGGGCUUUCCUCGUUUCCAAUCCAAGCUUCCAGGCUGUGUAAUUAUAUAACUGCAUCAGAAAAAACAAAACACUUCAGAGCUCCAUCUUUGUUAAUGUAUCACAUAAAGUGUCUGUGUGUGUGUGUGUGUGUGUGUGUGUGUGUGUGUGUGUGUGUGUGUGUGUGUGUGUGUGUGUGUGUGUGUGUGUGUGUGUGUGUGUGUGUGUGUGUGUGUGUGUGUGUGUGUGUGUGUGUGUGUGUGUGUUAGAGAGGAAGCAUGUUUGAAUCUUCCAGUCUUCUAAUGCGACUGUCCUGCUUAGUUAUCUUUGGGGAGGAGGAGGACGGUGCUGUGAUGAAGGUCAGCGAGAUGCAGUCAGUAGUUUGAUAAUUCUUCUCACACGCUCAGCUGAAGUUGUUAUUCUCCUUUUGCUCCUGGUGAUCCUCUUUGAUCUGCUCGCUGUAAAAAGAAGCAUUCAGAUUCUGUCAACAGUGUUAAUUUGUUUAUGACCACACUUUUAAAAUAUUUUUGGAGUGAAUAUUGUACACACCAUUCCUACAAAAAUGCAUUUGUUUUGAAUCAGCAUUUGAGCUGAUAUGUGUACAUCUAUUAUUUUAGAUUGCUAUAAUUUUGUUAUUGUAAUCCUAUCAUUCCUGCAUGUAAGAUAACGGUAACCGCGGGAACCAAACACGCUUUACCAUUAUGUAAACAAAAUGAGAUGAGUAUUUUUAUAAAUGGUUGACUUAUGAUUAUACCUUUAUUCACCACACACAUACAGGUACUAAAGGAGGGAUUUGUCUAAACUCAUAGUAUUUGUGACAGUACAUUAAAUUCCUGCAGGGGUCGAUUUUGUACAAUAUACAUAAAUGCUGUACAGUAAAGACAUUUUAAAAUAACAAACAAUUCUUUUAGAUAUGCAUUAUUUAUUUUUACCAUUUUGUAAUUUAGACACUAUACUGUAGCUUCAAUAUUGCCGGACUUACUGGAAGUGCCUAUAUUGGUAUUAUGUAUCAUACAGUGAAUAUAUUUGAAGAUCAUAGACAAUGUCACAAACUGAACUAUGUGGAUGUUGUAAUGUGAAUACAUUGAGUUACCAAAUUACA